GUUGUACACUUACCUGAUAGGUGUUUGUGUUAUUAGUGUGUCUCUGCAGAGAUGUUUUUUACUAGCGUCAGUGCCCCAUGGGGGGGACCCGCUGUAGGCCAAUUAACGACAUUAAUGAAAAAUAUUAAAUACGUUUUUCUAUAUUUCAAAACAACAGUAGUAAGGUGGUAGAUGCAGUGUGUAAACACAUGUCACUUUACACAUACACGUCUCUAAAUUAUUCACACUGUAUCUUUAUAAAAAAUAAAAUGAGCGCGAAAAUAGCUUCUGUUGCUCGGUGCUAAGGGGGGAAAUACAGUACAAACGUUACGUCCAGCGGUUUAGGUCGCGCUUUCCCUUUAACUCUGCGCGUGACGUCAUAAUAACGUGACUCCUCUGUUUUGCGACAGGACGCACUGGCACGCGGCUCGACGUCGCCGCCUCAUCCCCGCUGGCACAAAACAGCCUGUUGUGGUUAGAUACUGAAAAGCGAACCGCAGUGUUUUAUUGUUAGUGUUAUGUCAAAGUGUAAAUGAUGUAAUGCAAGGCAGCGGCAGUCCAAAAGCCCAAUACCUACCGUGUUUCUUACGGUGAAGGAGGAGGAGGGCGUCGUAGUUUGCAUAACCUUGCUCUACUUCCUGGACCUUGGCACCACAAGCUACUACAUCUCCAAUCUGGGCUCCUGUAAGAGCCACUGUCAGCUCCUCUACCAAAUGAAGUUAACUUUCUCCAGAAAAGCAUAUCUCCACCUGGACUCCACCUGUUACUGGGUACCCUGUGCACCGUCCCGGGCUCCAGUAGCCCAUCCAUGCCUGUGAUCCCCAUCCCAAGGCGGGUGCGCAGCUUCCAUGGCCCCCACACCACCUGCAUGCACUCGGCCUGUGGGUCGACACAUGCUUCCAAGCUGGUGCGCACCAAGUACAAUAACUUUGACCUCUACCUGCGCUCCCGCUGCAUGUACAGCUUCCUCCGUUUCCUUUUGUACUUUGGCUGCAGCCUGCUGACCUCCUUGCUCUGGGUGGCGCUCUCUGCCCUCUUCUUCCUGCAGUAUGUCAGUGUGCGGGUGCUCCUGCGACUGCAGUACAAGCUGUCUGUCAUCCUGUUGUUGUUAGGCCAUCGGAGGCUGGACUUUGGGGUGGUCAAUGACUUGUUUAUUUACAGUAUGCAGAUUACCAUGUUUCUGGUGGGGGGGCUUGGCUGGUGCUUUAUGGUGUUUGUGGAUAUGUAGCUGCCACGUGAGAUGAACUAAAGUAGCAGAGCGUGCUUCAAAUCUCAGAGCCUGACUAAAAAAAAAAACCCUUUGAACAUUAAUUCAAGAAAUUAUUGUUCAAAUAUCCUAAACGAACAGCAGUCGAAAAUCAAAUGUACGAUCUCCAUUUUAAAGGCUAAAAAUGUCUGUUGCUUAUUUUACAUUUGUAUUGUAUUUCCAUGCUGUUUGUAACCUCUUCUCACCACGUUUAAUGCUCGUUUUGACCAAAAACUGUUUUGUUUACACAAAUUACAAAACUGUUGGUGUGAAAAGUCAAUGUUGCAUGAAUAUGUGACCUAACAUGACCAGUUUGCCUCAUUAUGGUGUGAGGCAAAGCAGGCAGUAGUGCCAGAAUAUUAGUUCUUUGAACAAAACAAGACGUUUGUUGUGUCCCCCGGCUUGAAUUGGUGUUAUGAAUUAUAUUCUGGCAACAUCCACAAUUAUACAAUAUGCCUAGAGCUCACGGCAGAGAUGAAGCUGAUAUGUGUGCGUUUCUUGAACAACAUUGUGGAUAAUGUUUUUGUGGAAAGGAUGGAGAAAAGAGGCAUUGUGCAAGUGACAAAUUUCCCAUUUUUUUUGUAAAAAUCGAUUAAUAAAUGUUCUCCUCAUGAAGUCUUUUAUGCUUUAAAA